GAGUGAACUAUAUUGUUAUUCCAAGAUAUUUGCUAUAAGGCAAUCCACGGGUGACGUUUUUUUGCUUGUACGUUUGUUAUUGUUGCUGUUUUUCAAGCUGCAAAAUCAAAACACGACCAAAACCGGAAUCUUUUAAUGUCGGCAAUCAUAUCAAAAGUGAUUUUAUAUUGUUGUAUUUAGGAUUGGCACUCGCGAUACUAGGGCUACCGAUCGGAUAACAUUUGUUUUUCACGCUUCUGGAUCCGGAUUGCAUCCAAGUUGAGACCGAUCGAACGGAUCGAACAUACAUAAAGCUGUCAUAAGUUGAAAUCAGACUGAAAUCAGCUGAUCGCAACUGUCUCAUGGAUUGCCUUAUUGUUAUUUUCUGAGGUAUCAAUAAAUAAAACACGUAAUUUGAGAUUUGCGUUUCAAAAUACGCCAAAAGCUGCAUAUUUAACGUAUUUCUCGAACGCUUCAAUUUUGCAACUUUGAUUUAUUAGGCGUUAGUAGAUACCUUAAAAAUGCAACACUAGUAAACUGUUUGAAAUAAACUUAAUUGUCAAAAAACGUUUAACGAUUUCAACGACUAGACAAUUUCUCUCAUUAAAAUUCAACCAAAGAAAAAAAUCGUUCGAAAUAAGUUCGUUUCUUCCUGGAGUCAAUAAGUUCGUUUCUUCCUGGAGUCAAGAUGAAAGUACUGAGCAAUUUUCUCCCUUUUUGAAUAUCCGGCAUCAUUCAGAAAAAUCAGGACAAAUGCUAAAAUAUGAAAAAUAAAUCAGGACGCUCCAAAUGGUUCUCAAAAUCAGGACAUGUCCUGCUAAAUCAGGACGGAUGGUAUCCCUACCAAAAUAAUCUUCUCUUAGACCGCCCAAAUACGGAAAAGCGCAAGAAAUCCUUCACUUACCACGCCACAAAAUGUUAUAACGCAUUACCAAGACAUGUAAAGGAGUUAAAUAACAUAAUAAUUUUCAAAAACGCUGUAAAGUCACUGCUUCGAACGAAAAUCAACGCCCACCUUUGAAAAAGAAGAGUUAGACGAAAACUAAAGUUCAGUUGUCAAACUGCAUCUGCCAAUUCCUUCAAGACUAUUGAUCAGCGCCCCCUUGGAAGAGAACCAUCUCACUGGGGGUGCAAAUCGGAAAUUCAACCCACCACUAUCAACCAACCAUCAAUACAGACAAUAUUGUUAACUGUAAUCAUCAAUGUCACUUUUGGAAAUAAAUUGAUUAUUAUUAAGUGUCAUUUUGCGAGAAAAUGUGAAUAAAUGAUAAAAAAGUGCAAUACCAAAGCAUUACGUGGCUUUUUUUUUUUCAUUUAAAAACCUUUCGUAUACAAGGGUUAAGCGAUUCGGCUACGGAUAACGCAGCAGCGGUUGAGACUACCAGCUCAGUAAAAAGAGAAAUACUCAAGAAAUAUCGUUACCGUCGAGUAAUAGUAAACAAUACUACAAGCUUUUACUGUGAAAGCCAGCACAAAAACAACAACGAACUUCCCAUUCAUAUUUUCCCAGGCGAUUUCGCACAAUCUUCAACGGCGAUAGCAACGAAUCGCGUGGCGUUUGUGAUUGAUAUAAGGUGAGACUGUGGGUUCGGUUCGGUAGCGAAGAACUUCGAUCGACCUCUCCCUCUUUCUCUCUUCUCAUUUUUCUGCAGUGUGGUCACAAGCUCAACCCAACACGCGGCAAAAUAGUUUCACCUGUGAUCUUUCAGUGUUCGAUUUUGUUCGUCAACGUUUGUUGGCUCUUAGUGGUGCUUGGCAGUCGAUUAUAAUAAUUUUAUUCCGCAUCUCUUAAAUGACAAGAAAUUAAACGAACUCAAAUGAAAUGUUGUUCUACGGUUCGAGACUAGUUAAGUUUUUACUUUCGUUGGCAGUUUUAUUGGUGUUGACUCAGGCUGCUCCAGUUUACUAUAAGAAGGUAGAUAGUCAAAAAUAUGAACCUGACUGGGUGGCAGUAUCAUCAACCGUCAUUCCUCUUGCCGAAUAUCGUGUGAGCGUGGGCGCCGGUGAAGGACCUAAUGGUAAAUCAUCGGCAGCAUUGGUGCCGGAUGAAUACAGGCGAGCCUAUUUGAGACACAAAAAGUUGACGGCGGCUAACAAACUAAAACUGCAAACUGACAAAUAUGGCGCAAAAGUAGCGGCACAGGUUCAAGAGGAUCCCGAUACACUCAUCACAGCACAUAAGAUAUUUUAUGAAAAGAAGCAGACUGGGCAUUGAAGAGGUUGAUAAAAUCAAGUGACGCGUCUGUUGCCAAGAACUAGCUUUUUAAAUUUGUCAUUUUUGAUUUAGGUACAAUGUAUCAUUCUGUUUUUAAUUAUUUUUAAGACUUCUGAUUAUUUACUACUGUAAACUUCCAUUGCAGCCAUUUAAUAACAUUACAUUAGGUAGAGCAAAUAAGUCUGCUGUUUUUUGCUUACAAACCAAGUUUUAUUACACAUACUAAAUGGGCGAUGGGAUUCGCUAAAAUAUAUCACUUUGCAGAAAAAUUUUACUCUUCUUACAAAAGGUAUGAGGCCACUUUCUCUUAAAUUGUAUAAACUAAGAAACUACCAUUUAAAGUAUUCUUGCAUUGAAU